AUGGCCCCUCUCCAUGUCGAAAGUGUAGGCCUGGCCAAUUGGGCACUCAUUGGCAGUGUUUCUGUCGUGCUCUACCUCGUGUCAGUGGCCAUCUACAGAUUGACAUUCCACCCUCUCGCCUCUUUUCCUGGACCCAUAUCGCACCGCAUCUCAGUAUGGCCACGCGCAAUCCUUCUUGCACGCGGCGAUCUUCCCUUUCACGUGGCGGAGCUGCACCGCCGGUACGGGCCCGUAGUUCGUCUCGGUCCCAACGAGCUCGCAUUUGCGAACCCGCAGGCCUGGAAGGACAUCUAUGGCCACCGGACGGCGGGCCAGGACGAGUUCCCCAAGUCGCCCAAGCUGUACAAGAUCUUUGACGAUCUGCCCGCGUCCAUCAUCAACGCCGGCCGCGAGGAGCACUCUUUGCUCCGCCGGCAGAUGGCCCAUGGCUUUAGCGAUCGUAGUAUGCGCGGACAGGAACCUAUUAUUGGUGCCUAUGUCGACUUGCUCGUGCAGAGACUCCAGUCGAAAUGUGACGACGGACGUAGACCUUUGAAUAUGCGCAAUUGGCUCAACUAUGCGACCUUUGAUAUUAUUGGUGACUUGGGCUUUGGCUCCCCCUUUGGGUGCCUCGACAAUAGCGACUACCACCCCUGGGUCCGCAUCAUUACGGACAAUAUCACGCAGGGCGCCAUGCUCACGGCUUUUGCCUCGGUCGGCGGACGUCCCAUUAUCCAAUACCUAAAGCGCAAUGGCUAUCUAAAGCGCCGCAACCAGCACGAAUUUCUGGUCCGCGAGAACCUCAUGAAGCGCAUGGAGCUAGGUGCUGAGCGACCCGACUUUAUCGAGGGUCUCAUCAAGAUGAAGGAGCCACUUGUACGUAGCAUGAAGAAAUUGGAAAUGAACGCCGGCCUGCUCAUCAUUGCCGGCUCCGAGACGACAGCCACUCUCCUCAGCGGCGCCAUGUUCCUGCUGCUCACGCACCCCGAGGCCCUGCAGAAGCUGACGGCCGAGGUCCGCUCCUCGUUUCGCGACGACGGCGAAAUCACCCUGCUCUCGGUCGGCAGCCUGACCUACAUGCUGGCCUGCCUCAACGAGUCGCUGCGCCAGUACCCGCCCGUGGCCAGCGGGCUGCCCCGCGUGGCGCCCAAGGGCGGCGCCCUGGUCGACGGCCACUUUGUCGCCGAGGACACACAGGUGGCCGUCUGGCAGUGGGCUAUCAACCAUGAUCCUCACCACUGGACCAAGCCCAUGGAGUUUCACCCGGAGCGGUUCAUGGGCGACCCCGAGUUCAAGAGUGACAAGUUGGAUGCUAUGCAACCAUUUAGUGUUGGACCGCGGAACUGCAUCGGACGAAACCUGGCAUAUGCCGAGAUGCGUCUCAUUCUCGCCAAGAUUGUCUACAACUUCGACCUCAAGAUUGCCGACGACAGUCUCCGCUGGCUUCAGGAUCAAAAGGCAUACAACCUAUGGGAUAAGCCUGCGCUCAACGUAUACCUUACGCCCGUCACCCAUUCUUGA